ACAGCUCCUACCUGCCCCACAGCACCCGAAAGGCACCUCUGCGCGGGAAGUCUCCCCCUCAAACCCCUACCCCACCUCGAGUGGGCUGCCUUCCAGGUGAGGUGCGCGAAAGGCUUCCCCAGAGUGUCAACUCGGAAGGAUGCACGUCCAGCUGCGCCAAGCCGGCUUCCCCGCUCUUUUCCCACUUCGGCGUCAGCCUGGGUCCUGGGAACAGCAGCCUGUGCCUCAAGGCGCGCGCUUCCUCCCGCUUCCAGUGGAGCAGGGCGCUGCGGCCAGGCCUCGCAAACCCCUCUUCUGGGGCCCCCGGCGGGAGCAGGAAGGAGAGCCGCUGAGAUGCGCCCGGAGUGUCGCACGGCUUGGAGAAGUGGGUAGCUCGGUUGCAUAAGGUGGAAGGAACUUGGUAGUUUGCAAAAGCCAGCUCUUGGCGGGAGCCGGAAGCCAGAGCCCGCCGACUCGCGCACCCCUCAUUUAUUGCCUUCGAUGCGCGCCUCCCCCACUGCGCCCCCACCCCCUCUGCGCGCCGCCGUCUCGCGCGCCCUCCCCCCAACACCCCCCUCCUCACUCCCUCCAGAGGAGGUGAGUUUAAACCCCGCCCACGUGACCCCAGCUGGGCCAAUGAGCGGCGGCGGGAGGUGAAAUCCGGUUCUAACCGGUCCGGGGCUCCCAGCGCUAUAAAAACUUUAUAAACCCCCCGGAGCCCGAGCAGUGUGAAGAAGAGGAAGCGAGAACGACCCCCGGACCGACCAAAGCCCACGCGCCGCUACAUCCCCGUGUCCAGCGCCUACGUCCCGCCGCCGUCGCCACCAUGCCCAAGAGAAAGGCUGAAGGGGAUGCUAAAGGAGAUAAAGCCAAGGCAAAGGACGAACCACAGAGAAGAUCCGCGAGGUUGUCUGCUAAACCUGCUCCUCCAAAGCCAGAGCCCAAGCCUAAAAAGGCCCCUGCAAAGAAGGGAGAGAAGGUACCCAAAGGGAAAAAGGGAAAAGCUGACGCUGGCAAGGAGGGGAAUAACCCUGCAGAAAACGGAGAUGCCAAAACAGACCAGGCACAGAAAGCUGAAGGUGCUGGAGAUGCCAAGUGAAGUGUGUGCAUUUUUGAUAACUGUGUACUUCUGGUGACUGUACAGUUUGAAAUACUAUUUUUUAUCAAGUUUUAUAAAAAUGCAGAAUUUUGUUUUACUUUUUUUUUUUUUUUAAGCUAUGUUGUUAGCACACAGAACACUUCAUUGUUGUUUUUGGGGGGAAGGGGGCAUAUGUCACUAAUAGAAUGUCUCCAAAGCUAGAUCCAUAUGGGGAAAACACCUUUCCCUUCUAGUUUUGAGAGACUCCCUCUUGGCUCUCAGGAGGAGGGAUUCCCUGACGUUGACACAUAGCCACCUUGGCACAAAUGCCUUGUGGUAUGGAAAAACUAAUUUGUUUUUAUGUCCUGUUCUCCCUCUCUGCCUUCAGCAUAGUCUUAACUCCCUUAAACCCAGACAACUCUUGGGGCCUGACGUCCAAUAAUUGCUUACCAGUAUGUUGGGUAAUCUGGACUUUCCAGUGGCACCACUGAGAUGGUGCCCCUCAAAAGAGCAGCAGUUCCAUUUGUAGAUUGUGGAUCUUCAGAUAAAUUCUGUCAUUUUCAUUUCAUUUCCUGAAAGUCAGGGUCGGCUUGUGAAAAGUUGUUAAACAACAUGCUAAAUGUGAAAUGUCAACCCUCACUCUAAACUUUCCCUGUUCAGAGCAUCAAAUGAAGACUUCAUUGGAUUUUAUAGUGGCUUUCUGAUUUUGGUAGACCAUUGAAGAAGGGAGUUUGAAAGUUGUUGUAUACUGUUAACGAUUGUCUGCCCAUGUCCUGCCUGAAAUACCAUGAUUGUUUAUGAAAAGUAUCUUUAAUAAAGCUGGAUACAGUUUGGCUUGGAA